AUGGCACGCUUCAUCACGCCCAUCUACCAUCCAAACAUCAACCGUCAUGGACGCAUCUGCCAUUCGAUUCUAGACCGCAACUGGACACUAGACACUUCAACCAAAGACGUGACCGACACCAUCUACUCGCUUCUGCUUGUGCCGGAGUUCAGCGACCCCAUCAACACUGUCGUCACUCUCAACUACCACUGGGACGAGGUGCAGUUCAAGGAGGAGGCGCAGCGCCAUAUCGAGAAGCACGCAAGCAAGAGCAGGGCAACUUGGCGUAGCGAAAUUGUCGGCUAA